GUUUACCAUUACAAGGGCGGUACUUGUGUUUACGGCCUUUCAGACCGUCUUAGAUCUAUUAGAGAGCGGCGGCAGCGGAUCUUACAAGCGUAACAAACGUCCAGACCAUCCAAGAUUCCAAAUUACGUCGGCCUCACACUUAUAAAAUGGACAACCCCUCGCAACCCGCUCACAAACUUUCUCCCCGCUUCCACUACAAGACCUCCACCGCGCGCUUUGCAUCACCUCUUAUUUUUACGACUUACGACUUCAUAACCUAAUAAUCUAACGACCAUGGCAUCGACACCCACCGACGGACUCCUCCAGGUGCCAAACCAACUCGAGUCUACGCACCGUAUCAAGAACGUGCCGGGCUACACUACGCCCGUGUUCAAGGGCAAGGAGGAGCAGAAGGCGAAGGUGCUCGCGAAUGUCACGGCUAAGGGCUUCAUCCCGCGCGAGCUGGUUGCGAACGAGGUCAACUGGUUCUACGCGCACCUCGGCAUCGACGACACGUACUUCCAGGCCGAGUCCGUCGACGUGAUCUCCGACCACAUCAUCGCGCUCUUCGGCGCGAAGGUGCUCGCGUUCACGAAGCACGACUCGUCCAAGCUCGUGAUCGACCUCGAGACGGUCAAGGAGGAUGGCGCGACGUUCAUCCACUCGAGCACGCCCGGCAAGACCUCGACAGAGGGCCCCGGCGCCACGUGCGAGAGCAGGAUCGACGAGCUGUUCUUGGACAGCAGCACCCCCGAGAAGGCGUUCAGGCUCGAGACGUACCGCUCGCAAAGUAUCUCGGCCACGGCGAGCCAGCAGCUGCGGUGCUAUUUCGUCACGAAGUGCAACUUCCCCAAGGAGCCUCGCGCUUCGACGCGCACGGAUGGCAAGACGGAUAUCCGCUCAGUGUCCGACGCGGCCUUCCUCGAGAAGGCGAGCGAGAACACGCUGGAGCUGUACCAGAGCGUCAUGCGGAAUGUCGAGACGCGGUAUGGGCCCGUGAUUGAGGUCUUCGAGGUUGAAGGUAGUCGUGAGCGACGGCUCGUCAUCGGUUACAAGAUGGGCGGCACGAAGAAGUUCUUCAGUGCGCUCUCGAACUUGUAUCAUUUCUAUUCCUUGUAUUCAGCAAGGAAAUAUGUCGAGCAUUUCUCGAAUGGAGUGACGAUCAUAUGCUUGUACCUCAACCCACUGCCAGACUCGCACGCGCCCCCAAUCGAGCACUCGAUCUUCCAGGUUAUGAAGGAGGCUUCGCUGCUCUACUGCCUGCCGGACAACCCGUUCUUCUACGCUGGUGCCGGCCCUACAGAGGGACAUGCCGUCCAGGAGGCGACAUAUGCUUACUGCGGGUGGGUCUUCGCCCAGCACUUCUGCAACCGCCUGGGCCCUUCGUACCUUGCGUUGCGUAACAUCCUGGACGAGUCCAACGCUAGCCAUGCGGAGGUGCUCAAUGACAUCAAGCGGCGGUUCCGUGAGGAGACGUUCACUCGCGAGAGCAUCGCGCAGACCAUCCAUGCUCAUCCGGAUUUGAUCAAUCUGCUCUAUGUCAAUUUCGCCAUGGUGCACUACCCCGCGUCGGACCAAGCCAAUUUGAUGCCGACGCUCUCGUAUCAACGCUUGCAGACGCACCAGAUCCUCAGCGACCAAGAGUUGUACGACAAGCUCCGCAAAACGGUGCCGAACAAGCAUGAGCUCCAAGUGCUCGAGAGCUUCCUCAUCUUCAACAAGCAUGUGCUCAAGACGAACUUCUACCAGCCGACCAAGGUCGCGCUGUCGUUCCGCCUGGCACCUGAGUUCUUGCCAGAAGUUGAAUAUCCUAGGAAGCCCUUUGGGAUGUUAUUCGUCAUCGGCGGCGAGUUCCGUGGAUUCCACAUUCGGUUCAGGGACGUUGCCCGGGGUGGCAUCCGGCUGGUCAUGUCUCGGAACAGGGAGACUUACUCCAUCAACCAACGCAUGCUCUUCGACGAGAACUAUGGCCUUGCCUCGACGCAGUCGCUCAAGAACAAGGAUAUCCCGGAAGGCGGUGCAAAGGGUACCAUUCUGCCGUCGCUCGGUGCAAGUCCUCGAUUGUGCUUCGAGAAAUACGUCGAUGCGGUCGUCGACCUCCUCAUUCCCGGACAAAGCCCGGGCAUCAAGGAGAAACUGGUCGACCUCUACGGAAAGCCCGAGAUACUCUUCUUUGGCCCUGAUGAGGGUACGGCGGACAUGAUGGACUGGGCAGCGAUUCAUGCGCGUGAGCGUGGAGCCGAGACAUGGUGGAAGUCAUUCACCACCGGCAAGAGUGCUGAGAAGCUCGGUGGUAUUCCGCACGACACAUACGGAAUGACGUCUCUGUCGAUCCGUCAGUACGUACUCGGUCUCUACAAGCAGCUAGGUUUGCGGGAGAAAGACAUCACCAAGGUACAGACUGGUGGGCCAGACGGCGACCUCGGUUCAAACGAGAUCCUCCUCAGCUCGGACAAGACGAUCGCCAUCAUCGAUGGCAGUGGUGUGCUCGCUGACCCCGCUGGCCUGGAUCGUGAAGAGUUGAUCAGGCUGGCGAAGAAACGUGUGCCCGUGGCCAAUUUCGACCGAUCAAAACUCAGCAAGGAUGGGUACCUUGUGCUCGUCGAAGACCAAGACAUCAAGCUACCUUCGGGCGAGGUCGUCAUCGAUGGCACUGACUUCAGGAACACUGCACAUCUGCGUUUCAAGGCUGACCUCUUCGUGCCAUGCGGUGGCAGGCCGGAGGCUGUCAACAUCUCAAAUGUCGCCGCCUUGGUCGAUGCGGAGGGCAAGCCGAACUUCAAGUACGUUGUCGAGGGCGCCAAUCUGUUCUUCACCCAGCAAGCACGCUUGUAUCUCGAAAAGCGCAAGGUCAUCCUGUUCAAGGAUUCCAGUACUAACAAGGGUGGUGUCACUAGUUCGUCCCUGGAGGUCCUCGCCGGUCUCGCCCUCUCCACCGAGGAAUACGUCGACUUGAUGAUCUUUAAGGACGGGAAGCCUUCCACAUUCUACCAGAACUACGUCAAGGACAUCCAGACGAAGAUCUCCGAAAACGCAGCUGCCGAAUUCUCGUGCAUCUGGAAGGAGCAUGCUCGUGCGCAAGGCUCUAAGCUACGCACCCUUAUAUCGGAUGAGUUGUCGGGCAAGCUCAACGACUUGCAAGCGGAGCUGGAGAGCUCAGAUCUUUACGAUGACCACACCAUGAGGAAAAACGUCAUGACCCGCGCUGUCCCGAAAACCUUGGUCGACCAGAUCGGCAUCGAGGAGUUCCUGAGGAGGUUACCGGAGCCAUAUCAACGGGCACUAUUCUCCAGCUGGGUAGCGUCCCGCUUUAUAUACAAGUACGGCGUCAACGGGUCUUCCGUCGAUUUCUUCCACUUCGUGCGGGACCUUGCAUUGUAGAACAUCAAGGACAUGGGUAUGAAAAAUCGGUCAUAGGAAAGUCAAGCGCUCUGUUGUACAUUACUCAUCUAUGUUAUUGGACCUGAGCAUAGAAUUAUCUGAUCACAAGUAUCGCGGGAACGCUGGAAGAUUCACAGCAAAG